UAACCAAAAAGAGCCAUUUUCCAAAAUUGGUUGCAUUUAACUUCACAGUGAAUUGAUCCUUAAAACAGGUUAGAUUCAAAAACACUCCAUUCCCUAUCUCAUCUAUAUCGCUUGGACGCUUUCUCAGCAGCUGAUUCUGACACUAACGACACUCCGUUUUGUUAUUGGAUGAAAACUUUGAAUUCAUUGAACAUAUUUUUUAUGUAAUUAUUUUGACUUCUAUUCCCUACAUAGAACCCAUUUGAGUCUACGUUCUACAGCGACGGAGUCAAUUGUCAAAGUUAUCUGGAAGAUGGCGCAUGAGAGUGUUGGGAUUGCCAAAGAUGUCACUGAAUUGAUUGGUAAAACUCCAUUGGUAUAUCUGAACAAUGUGGUGGAUGGUUGUGUUGCUCGCAUUGCUGCUAAGCUUGAGAUAAUGGAACCCUGUUCUAGUGUCAAAGACAGGAUUGGUUAUGCCAUGAUCACUGAUGCUGAGGCAAAGGGCCUUAUUACCCCGGGACAGAGUGUCCUCAUUGAACCUACAAGUGGAAACACUGGGAUAGGGCUAGCAUUUAUGGCUGCUGCCAAGAGAUACAGGCUUAUCAUUACAAUGCCUGCUUCAAUGAGUCUUGAGAGAAGGAUCAUUCUCCGAGCAUUUGGGGCUGAGUUGGUUCUCACGGAUCCUGCUAAGGGCAUGAAAGGUGCUGUGCAGAAGGCAGAGGAGAUAUUGGCUAAGACACCUAAUGCCUACAUGCUCCAGCAGUUUGAAAACCCUGCCAACCCAAAGAUACACUAUGAGACUACUGGACCAGAGAUAUGGAAAGGUUCGGGAGGUAAAAUUGAUGCACUUGUUUCUGGCAUAGGUACUGGUGGUACCAUAACAGGGGCAGGCAAAUAUCUGAAAGAGCAGAACCCCAACAUAAAACUUUAUGGUAUUGAACCGGUUGAAAGUCCUGUUCUCUCUGGAGGAAAGCCUGGCCCGCAUAAGAUCCAAGGAAUAGGUGCUGGUUUCGUACCUGGUGUUUUGGAAGUCAAUAUCAUUGAUGAAGUCGUUCAAAUAUCAAGUGCUGAAGCUAUUGAAACUGCAAAGCUUCUUGCACUGAAGGAAGGUUUACUUGUGGGAAUAUCAUCGGGCGCCGCCACCGCAGCUGCAAUUAAAAUAGCAAAGAGACCCGAGAAUGCUGGAAAACUUAUUGUUGCGAUAUUUCCGAGCUUUGGGGAAAGGUAUUUGUCCUCGGUGCUGUUUGAAUCUGUAAGAGAGGAGGCAGAGAGCAUGACUUUUGAGCCAUGAGACUAUCUGCUAGUGUUCUCGACAAAGACUAGGAAUUUUGAUGUUGUAACAAGGAUUUGAGACCCAUUGCAACAUUAAACUUCUCUUAUGGAUUGUGCUGCAAAUAAGUAUUCAGCAAGUUUAUUCGAGUUCUUGUUCACCCCA